AUGCCUCCUCCGCCGCAGAUGCAAGGGAUGCCAGGCGGCGAGCCGACGGUCUUCCAGAAAAUCAAAAUGGGCGCCAUGACAGGCACACUGGUCGGCCUGACGAUCGGCUUCAUCGGUGGCGGCAUUCAGAUCCUCCGUGCGGGACCUGGACCAAGAGGCGCACUCGGCACGCUCUCCCAGUUCAUGCUCAGCUCCGCAGCGACGUUUGGGUUCUUCAUGUCGAUCGGAACCGUGUUGAGGACAGAAGGGAUCGAGGCAAAUCCGUACCUGACGCCUAUGCAGAGAGCGGUGGCGUUGAGACAGCAGGAGGAGCUGAUGAGCAGGGCGAGAGGGGGACGGGUCGAGGUGGAGGAGCGAAAGCGGGCAUGA